AUGAAGGUGAAGAAACGGACAGAGACUCUUAGAUCAUCAGCAGGAGGGGUUCCUCACAUAUCAGACAUGAGGAUUGUGCUGCUGGGAUACAGAACUAAUGGGAAGAGUUCAUGUGGAAACACCAUCCUGGGCAGACAGGAGUUCCAGACUCCAGGAAGAACAGCUGAGUGUGUGAAGAGAGAAGGGGAAACAGCAGAUAGACACAUCACUAUAGUGGAGGCACCAGGACAGUGGGUAAACCCUGUGGAGCACAUUCCUGAACGUGUUAAACGAGAGAUUGUCCUCAGUGUGUCUCUGUGUCCUCCAGGACCCCAUGCUCUACUCCUGGUCAUUAGGCCGGAUGAGUCAUUUCCAGAGACACGCAGAAGAGGAGUACAGGAACUCCUGGAGCUCCUGGGUGAGAGAGUCUGGAACCACACCAUAGUGCUGUUCACCUAUGGGGACUGUCUGGGAGACACAAGCAUUGAGCAGCACAUUGAGAAUGGAGGAGAGGCUCUGCAGUGGGUUGUAGAGAAAUGUGGAAACAGUUACCAUGUUUACAAUAAGAAGAGAGGUGGUGACCAGGUGACAGAGCUGCUGGAGAAGAUAGAAGAAAUGGUGACGGUGAACAAUGGUCAUCACUUUGGCUUUGAAAACAACAUGAUGAUUACACUGACUGAGAACAAAAAGGAAGAAAAUAAAAGAGCAGAGCAGAGGAGGAUGAAGGUGCAGACACAGAGAAACAGUCUCAGAUCAUCAGCAGACAUGAGGAUUGUGCUGCUGGGAGGCAGCGCUGCAGGGAAGAGUUCAUGUGGAAACACCAUCCUGGGCAGACAGGAGUUCCAGACUGCAGGAAGAACAGCUGAGUGUGUGAAGAGAGAAGGGGAAACAGCAGAUAGACACAUCACUGUGGUGGAGGCACCAGGACAGUGGAUAAACCCUGUGGAGCACAUUCCUGAACGUGUUAAACGAGAGAUUGUCCUCAGUGUGUCUCUAUGUCCUCCAGGACCCCAUGCUCUACUCCUGGUCCUUAGGGCGGACGCGUCACUCUCAGAGACAGACAGAAGAGUAGUGCAGGGACUCCUGGAGCUCCUGGGUGACAGAGUUUGGAGUCAUACUCUAGUGCUGUUCACCUAUGGGGACUGUCUGGGAGACACAAGCAUUGAGCAGCACAUUGAGAAUGGAGGAGAGGCUCUGCAGUGGCUUGUAGGGAAAUGUGGCAACAGGUACCAUGUUUUAGACAAUGAGAAGAGAGAUGGUGGCCAGGUGACAGAGCUGCUGGAGAAGAUAGAAGAGAUGGUGAUGGUGAACAGUGGACCCCAUGCUCUACUCCUGGUCUUAAGGGCGGAUUCAUCAAUCACAGAUUCAUUCAGAAGAGGAUUACAAGAAUGCUUGGAGCUCCUGGGUGAGAGAGUCUGGAGCCACACUAUAGUGCUGUUCACAAAAGGGGACUGUUUGGGAAACACAAGCAUUGAACAGCACAUUGAGAGUGGAGGACAGGCUCUGCAGUGGCUUGUAGGGAAAUGUGACAACAGGUACCAUGUUUUAGACAAUGAGAAGAGUGAUGUUGGCCAGGUGGAAGAGCUGCUGGAGAAGAUAGAAGAGAUGGUGAUGCUGAACAGUGACAUGAGGAUUGUGCUGCUGGGAUACAGAACUAAUGGGAAGAGUUCAUGUGGAAACACCAUCCUGGGCAGACAGGAGUUCCAGACUCCAGGAAGAACAGCUGAGUGUGUGAAGAGAGAAGGGGAAACAGCAGAUAGACACAUCACUGUGGUGGAGGCACCAGGGAACUGGGAAUCUCCUCCAGAGCUUGCUCCUGAACGUGUUAAACAAGACAUUAUCCUCAGUGUCUCUCUGUGUCCUCCAGGACCCCAUGCUCUACUCCUGGUCCUUAGGGCGGACGCGUCACUCUCAGAGACACGCAGAAGAGGAGUACAGGAACUCCUGGAGCUCCUGGGUGAGAGAGUCUGGAACCACACCAUAGUGCUGUUCACCAGAGGGGACUGGCUGGGAGACACAAGCAUUGAGCAGCACAUUGAGAGUGAAGGAGAGACUCUGCAGUGGGUUGUGGAGAAAUGUUGCAACAGGUACCAUGUUUUAGACAAUGCGAAGAGAGAUGGUGACCAGGUGACAGAGCUGCUGGAGAAAAUAGAAGAGAUGGUGGCAAUAAACAGUGGAGAAAAUACUAUUGGCGACUUUCCCAAUUUUAGUGCCUUACCUGAUGACAUGCCAAGAGAGGAUUCUUCAGAUGUAUCUGCCAAAUCAUCACUCAAGACAGAGAUUACAAAGCCCUUGAAGAAGGUGAAAAGCACAGAAGAGAUUGUGUUGCCAGGAAAUUUUGGAGAGGGCAUUAUGGAUGAUCGUCCCAGUUUCAGCAAGGCCAAUCCUGAUGAUUUCUCUAGAGGAGAUGACUCUGCAUCAGCACUCCAGACAGGCGUGAUGAAGCCGCGUAAGCUGCUCAGCAUUACUGCCUCCAUUCAGAGAUCUGGGGCUGGUGCUGGUGCAGAGGAGAGCAGAGGGGCUGCUGAGGUAUCCAUGGUGAUGGUUCCACAAGCCAGACAGGAUGGAGGGGCCAAGAGAACAGAGGUCACAACAGGAGAAUGGAGGUCACCCUUGAAGGAAGGAGUCAGCGAAGCCAAUCCUGAUGAUUUCUCCAGAGGAGAUUCUGCAUACGACUCUGCAUCAGCACUCCAGACAGGCGUGAUGAAGCCGCGUAAGCUGCUCAGCAUUACUGCCUCCAUUCAGAGAUCUGGGGUUGGUGCUGCUGAUGCAGAGGAGAGCAGAGGAUCCGCUGAGGUAUCCAUGGUGAUGGUCAGCGAAGCCAAUCCUGAUGAUUUCUCCAGAGGAGAUUCUGUCUUUUCAUCAGCACUCCAGCCAGACUUAAAGACAGCAGGCUUUACAGCUAAAGAUCCCUUUGUGGAUAUUUCCAAAAUAACGUUUAAUGCCACUGAAUGCAUCGGGAAAGGCUCCUAUGGAGUCGUUUACAGAGGAUCAUACCAGGGAACUCCUGCUGCCGUCAAGAUCAUAACAACAGGAAACAAUCCAGCAGUUACAAAUGAGUUCAUUAUACCCUGGCGUUUGUCUCAUCCCAACAUUGUGCGGAUGAUGGCUGUUGCCAAAAGUGAGACCCAGAUCCUCAUUGCUAAUGAGUACAUCCACGGUGCUAACCUGCAAGAGGUUCUCCACACAGACACUCCUAUCAAGUUGCAGCAAGAGGAUAAGCUGCUUGUGGCGCUAGAUCUUGCCAUGGCUGUUGAGUACAUACAUGGUAAAAACAUAAUCCAUCAAGACCUGAAGCCAGCAAAUAUAAUGGUUGCUGCAGUGAAUAAACAGGCCUACCUGACUGACUGGGGCUUGGCAAACCUGAUGGAAACAGUGACCAUGUCAACAGCUGGCAGUCCCAUGGGGGCUUUCUGCGGUGCACUGGGGGGUACUCCACAGUACAUGGCCCCAGAGUGCCUCGUCGAGUGUGACAAAUGCAGCACCAUGUCCGACAUGUGGUCUCUUGGCAUCACUCUUCUUGAGAUGUUCACAGACUCCAAGCCGUGGACAUAUACCACAGUGCAAGAACUUCGUAAGCUUCUUCACAAGAAAAAAGAUCCCCCGGCUUUGUCUAAACUACAGCCACCUCUUCGUGACAUUGUGAAACCCCUAAUAAAGUAUACACCCAGGUUUCGUAAGAAUGCCAACGACCUGGCUAGGCGAAAGGCCCCAUAUGGAGUAACAGAGACGCUGAUUGAGGCAGGCAUCCGAGCAUGCAGUGAAGAGCAAGCAGCAGGAGGCAUCGAGCUGCAAGAUGCGAUAGGAGAUGUGACGACGCCGAAGCUGGAUGGAGAUGGCACAGUGUGGUGGCUGGCAAAGCCAACAGCCAGGAGCAGCGAUGGAAGCCGUCCCUCCCAACCACAGGUGUGGAGGAAAGCAACCGCAGGUGUUGAGGAAAGCAGCCACAUCAGCGGGCCAGCGCACGUGUUUCUGGUCUGGAAGGCCGUCCACAAACAGGCUCGUCCACAACCGGGUAUCGGUGGCAAGUUGUUUUGGAGUGGGUGA